UUUUUUUUUUGGUGGUGGGGCCAUUAUUCCGCACGCACCUACAUACGCACGACCAUCACUCACCAUCCAACGCACCCCGCCACGCACGCCACGCCACGAUGUUGCCCCGGGUUGUCGCCUCCGCUUCUGCCUCCGCCGUGCGGCCAGUCCUGCGCCUGUCGGCGAUUCGCAACGUCCGUUACAAGGGGGGAAACCGCGGCACGCAGCUGCCAAUGCCCAAAGUGCGGCCGCAGCAGAGCCACCGGAUUGCCGCACAGGAACUCGGCGAACUCCCUGCCGAUCUCGGAUUGCUCCCGGACACCUUCAUCAUGCCCACGGGCGCGAAGCUCCCGUCGCUCAUCAUGACCCCCGCAUUGCGCUUCAAGCUCGAGUGGGCGCGCGCGAAGGCACGCAUGGUCGACUGGCGAGACAAACUCGUGUUCAUGUACAUGGCCAAAACCAAGAUCCGCAUCCGCGAGCCGAAGAACGUGGCCGUCACGCUGCACGUCGAUAUGUACAACGCAUUCGCGCAGGGUGACGUGGACUCGCUGCGGAUCAUCUGCGGCGAGGGCUUACUCGACUCCUUCAAGAAGCGGUUGAUGGCGCGGGGGAAGACACGCGUGGAGUGGACGCUGCACAGGUACCUGGAGCGCCCGAGAAUCGUCUCGUACAAGGCGGCGCACUAUGCCGGCACGACGCUGAGCAGACAGCAGGCGGUCGUGCGGAUCCACUCGCUGCAGAGCGUGACGAGAUACACACCGCAAGGCAAGGUGGUGGAGGGCACUGACAUCCCCAAGCCCGUGAUCGAGUACAUCGUCGUCGAGAAGAAGCGGAUCGCUGGCACGGACCAGCCGUGGCAUGUCUGGGGCACGACCACCGAGACCACCACUUACAUGUAAGCAGCGACGAGCGAGGUGGAUGCGAUAGAUCGUAUGUCAAAAACCCCCUACGCGUGGUGACGCGUGGUGGUAUGUGUACUCUAGCUAUUUAGAAAUCCGUGUACAAUAAAUGGGCGUGCUGGGUCACUAUAGUAGACAGGCGUGUUUUUUCCGGGGUUCUCUACUCUAUGGAUACUCUGGAGUGGCUCGAGGAUGGCAUGGCAAGGAUCUCACCCCCGAAAAGUUCUAAAACAUCACGGUGAUGGCGGUGCGACGCGUUGGGGUUGCGCGUAUGUUGGUUAUGGGUUGACCGAGGGAAGUUGGAGAUCUGGGAUGUCAAAAUCAUUGAUUGCCCAAUCGGAAUCUUUCAUGGCUCGACACUCGACUCGACACGGCGUUUUUUUUUACGGAUCACCAUUCCUCACCGGCUUGUUCUCACUUGGAUA